CCUAUGGACGAAAAAUAGAAGUUGGUUUAAAAGUGAAAAGGUUACACAUAGCAGUCAGUUUAGUUUAAACAGGUAGCAGUGUCCAUCUGCCCAUCUGUCCAUCAUGGAUUAUGAUAUCACCAUUCCUGAAUACUCUCAAGAUCUAUCAAAACACAUGUACCAGUUACAGCAGACAGGUGUGUUGUGUGAUGCAUGGCUAGUGUGUAAAGAUGGGGUAGUCUUUGUACAUAAACUGGUACUGAUGGCAUGUGGCAGUGCUUACCUUCAGCAACAACUUUCAGCAGAUAACAGUUCUAGCUCACAAUGUCAAGUUUAUUUUAAAGAUUACUCACUGAAAACUGUUUCUGAUUUUGUACAAGCUCUUUAUACAGGAAAUUUGACCUUGUGUCAUGAUCGAGCAAUUGAUAUUUUGAAACUCUGCACAUUUUUGAAUGUUAAAGUGUUUGCAUCUACUAUUCAAGGUGUUGUUGAUAAUGAUCCAAAUUUAAAAAGGGAAUUUGACAAAGGUGGAAGAAGCAAUAACAUGAAUCGUAUAUUUUAUGAAGUAGAAAUGGCCAAAGACUCAUCUUCUGCUCAAUUUAAAGUACCUGUAAAGGUACAGAAAUCGAAUAUUAUUAUGGAAAGAAUAGUAGACAAGAGCUUAAAAACCAAAGAUAUAUUUUCUCAAUCAGAAAGUCCAAGGAGAAAUAGGAUCAUGGUUAUAAAAUCUGAUACAAAUGAAAAUACUAAGAGAAAAAACAAUACAGAGGCCACACAUUCGGAUGAUGAUUGCAUUCCAAAAAAGCAGGCAAGAGUUUCAAAGCAGACACUUAAUGUUGUUCAAACAAGUCCAAAUAUUUUCCAACCCCAGACAAAACUUGUCAAGAUAGCUCCAAAAAAUGUUUCAAGUAGUCCCAUACAAAGUGAUCACACAUAUGAAGCAGACAAUACAACUGAGUUGUUGAAUAUAGCUAAAAACCUGUCAACCAGUACUGAUUCAGCAUGUAUUGAGUUGUCAGAUAUAGAUCAUGUAGAUGAAAACUUGACAACUUUAAGUUAUGGAACCAUUUCUGAAGUAGAUAAAUCAAAAACUUUAUCAACAAGCACAGACAUGAGAAAAUCAGGUAAAGAUGGAGUGCAACAGGAAUCAUGUCAACUUUGUCAGAAAGUAUCAGAAGAUGCAGUGGAAAAGAAAAAUGGACAGUACAUAUGUAAAGGUUGUGUUAGCCUGUUUAAUGGAGAAGAUCCACAGACAAACAUGACAAAUGGAGAAAAGAAGAAAAGAGGACGAAAAGGAAAGAAGGAACCAAAGAUGACCAUGAUGAAGAGGGAACAUUUUCGAGGGUACAAUCCAUCAGCAAUGUCAAAAGCUUAUAAGGCUGUUAUCGAUGACAAGCUUCCAGUCCAUUCAGCAGCGACUUCGUAUGGUGUUCCAUACGAGACACUGGGGUAUAUGGUGGCUGAAAAAAUAGUUCCUGUGUGUUCUAACUUGUCAAAUAUGCCUAUAUUUACACCAGAGGAAGAACUCAUAUUAAUGACUCGCUUGAUAGAAAUGGAUGAACUAGGAUAUGACCAUAGUCGUCAGGAAAUGGUGAACAUAGCUAACGACUAUGCAAUAGUGCUUGCUCAGAAAACUAAAGAUUGUAUGUCCUUGAGUUUGACAUGGUUUCGAAAUAUGCUUCGACGGUGGCCACAUUUUAAAGCUGUUAGUCAAAGGGCAUUUUCAGUUGCAAGGACAAAAUCAGAAUACAAAGGAAUCAUUAUUAAGUUUUUUAAUGAACUGGAGAAAACCUUACUAAAAUUCGAUCUCAUUGACAAACCUCAUUUAAUCUACAAUGUUGACGAGAAGGUUGUUGCCAUAUGUGGAAAGGAUGAAAUCGUCACUAUUUUGGGGUGUGGAAACGCAGCUGGUAGUGCAUUGCCUCCUUACUUUAUCUUACCAGAGCAGCGAAUGAAUGAUAAAUUGUUAGAGGGGUCUCCGUCGGGGACUUCCUGUUCAGUCUCAAAUGAUGGAUGGUCAAAUUCUGAAAUUUUUAUGGAUUUCCUCUGCAAUCAUUUCAAAAAAAAUGUCCCAGGUGAAGGACAUUUAUUGUUAUUGUUAGAUGGAGAUAAAUCUCAUAUCCCUAUUGGCACACUUCUAUGGGCAAGGCGUCAUAAUAUUAUACUACAAUUAAUUCCCGCACUCACCAGCAACUUUUUACAACCACUCCACGUAAGCUGUUAUGGAUCUUUUCAAAAUGAAUUCAACAAUAUGUGUCCUGAAACUAUCAGAACAAAGAGAUGUACACUUUCUCUCGAUGAUAUUUGCUCUUUGGCAUGCAUAGCUUACGGAGAUGCAUUAUCAGCUAGUAAUUUGCAGGCUGGUUUUAAACAUACUGGAAUUUAUCCAUUUACCAAAGAUUUGAUAAAUGACAUGCCCCCGAUACUAUCAAGAGCCUGUAACAGUAAUAGUGAAAAAAAUGAAAGCCAACUUGAAAAUGUGAUUGACUUGCAGUUAUUAAAUGGAGCCUUUGAGAUUGAAGGUGUUUCUGGUAUUAAUAAAGCUAGUUGAGAUGAGACUCAUAUAGGGUACUUGACUUCAUUUCAUGGAUCAGUGAUCGUUAUAAAUUGUCAGUGUUAUAUAUAUAUUGGAACAAAAUAAGAAAAUUCAAUAAAACGGAGUAUGUUUGA